AGCGGCCCGGCGAGCCCCGCCGUGCGGCUUUUGGGCCUUCUCGGAGCCCGGCCGUAGCGGUGGGCCGGGCCUUCCUUCUUGUGCCUCUUCACUGGCAGAUAUUUUCAUCUGCAAAAAUGGGUGAACCUCAGCAAGUGAGUGCCCUUCCUCCACCUCCAAUGCAAUAUAUAAAAGAAUAUACUGAUGAAAACAUACGUAAAGGUCUGGCACCGAAGCCACCUCCACCUGUGAAAGACAGUUACAUGAUGUUUGGUAAUCAGUUCCAGUGUGAUGACUUAAUUAUCCGACCCUUGGAAAGCCAGGGUAUUGAACGGCUGCAUCCGAUGCAGUUUGAUCACAAAAAGGAAUUAAGGAAACUUAACAUGUCUAUCUUGGUCAACUUUUUGGAUCUCUUGGAUAUCUUGAUAAGGAGUCCAGGGAGUAUAAAGCGAGAAGAGAAACUGGAGGACCUGAAACUGCUGUUUGUUCAUGUGCAUCAUCUUAUAAAUGAGUACCGUCCCCACCAAGCUAGGGAGACCCUGAGAGUCAUGAUGGAAGUGCAGAAACGUCAGCGUCUGGAAACUGCAGAGCGAUUUCAGAAGCAUUUAGAGAGAGUUGUGGAGAUGAUUCAGAACUGCCUGGCAUCAUUGCCUGAUGAUCUCCCUCAUUCAGAGGGAGGACUGGGAGUGAAAACAGAACCAAUGGACGCUGAUGAUGGCAACAGCUGCAUUGGACAGAGUGAGAAGCAGAGAGAACGUUCUGGCUGCAAGAGAGAUCAGGUUUUAGACAAAGAUGCAGCUAUGUGUAGCAUUAUUGAUGAAAUGACAUGAAGGAAGUAUUUAUUAUGUUAGCAUACAAUACAGAGGCCAGAUGGCUUGUGAGGGUAUGUGCUGUAUUUUGUUUUUCUGUUGUGCCAGCAGUUGAAACAUUCGCACCUACUGUGGGGUGGGUGUGAGCAGCUGUGGGUAUUUAAUAUUUUGUAUGGGCUAUAUGUGUAUUGGUAAAAACAACAACGUAUGCUUUGUCCUGUGUGGAUGCUGUUAAAGUUAGCUUUUUUUUGUAGAACGUUGUUUUGUCACUUACAGCUUUCUGGGACAUGCUUCGUCUUGUAAAUGCCUUACGCUGUGGAAGCAGAGCAUCUGACUGAGUGAAAUUGAAGCUGACAGUUCCUGGAUUUCAAAUAAAUGUUAGUUUACAUUUGAAAUGAGUCUUUUCAGUUACACUAUAUUAAAAAUUAAAUCAAUAUUAAAUCUGAGAAAUCCA